AUGGCGCCACCGAAGCUCUCCUUGCUGGUGGUGCUCCUCGUCCUCCUCCUCCCGGCCGCCGGCAACGCGGCCGACGCGCCCCCGGUUGGCGGCGGCUUCAACGUGACGGAGAUGCUGGGCAAGUUCCCGGAGUUCACCCUCUUCAACUACCUCAUGGCCAAGACGCGCGUGGCCAAGGACAUCAACAACCGCACCUCCAUCACCGUGCUCGCCCCCGUCAACGCCGACGUCGACUGGCUGCUCCGCCGCAGCGCGCGCCUGCCGCGGGCCGCGCUCCUCGAGCUCCUCUCCGUCCACGUCGUCCUCGACUACUACGACGCCGCCAAGCUCGUCGCCCUGCCCCGCGGCCGCGGCGCCAAGCCCGUCCUCGCCACCACGCUCUACCAGACCUUCGGCCCCGCCAACGGCGACAAGUCCGGCUUCCUCACCAUCACCCCCGCGCCCGACGGCGGCGCCGUCUUCGCCUCCGCGGCGCCCGGGGCGAUCGUCAACGCCACCUUCAAGAAGGCCGUCAUCGCCAGGCCCUACAACAUCUCCAUCCUCCAGAUCAGCAACUUCGUCGUGCCGCCGGGCGUCAUCACCAGGCCGCGCGCGCCGCCGCCGCCCAAGAAGAUGAGCUCCGUCGCCGCCGUCGCGCCCAGCCCCGCGCCCGUGCCGUCGCCGUCCGCGCUCCCGUGCCCGCCCGUGACGAUGCCCAUUGAGGAGCCCAUGGAGGAGGUCCCGGCUGCGGCGCCCGCGCCGUCGUCGCAGGGAUACGCGGUGAAGGCGAAGAUGAGCUGGUGGUCCGGCGCCGGCGUCGCGCUGGGGAUGGCGUGCGUGCUGGCGCACUUGUAGGUCGCAGACGGAGUAGAUUGGAUCGGUCGGAUAGCCUCGAUAAAUUUUGGUCUUGAUUAGCUUGCACUCUUUCGGAACUCAGUAUUUUUCCUAGAUUUUAAUUGUUUCCUACAAAAUUUAUGUGAGAUUGUUAUGAUUCAAAUGCGCCCUGCCCUCUGGGUUUUGGCCUGUGUAAAAUCAAGGGAAUUAUCCA